UCAGUCUUUCCACUCUCCGGUCGCUAACUUAACUUGUCCCCUAAGUCGAAUUCUCCUCUUCUAAAAUAAAAAAUAGAAAAAAAGGAAAAGCAAAGCAAACAAAAACCAGAUCACACAGAACUAGAAAAACCCUGCAAUUACAUAAAGAAAUCCAGACAAGCUAAAAAUGGCUCGUUAUGAUCGUGCAAUUACUGUGUUCUCUCCAGACGGACAUUUGUUCCAAGUGGAAUACGCUCUUGAAGCCGUCCGUAAAGGAAACGCCGCUGUUGGUGUUCGCGGCACGGACGUUGUCGUUUUAGGCGUUGAAAAGAAAUCCACCGCUAAACUUCAAGAUGCUAGAACGGUGAGGAAGAUUGUUUCUUUGGACAAUCACGUAGCACUAGUGUGUGCUGGAUUGAAAGCUGAUGCACGUGUGUUAAUCAAUAGGGCUCGCGUUGAGUGUCAAAGCCAUAGGCUUACUGUUGAGGAUCCUGUAACUGUUGAAUAUAUUACACGUUACAUUGCUGGUCUACAACAGAAGUAUACACAAAGUGGUGGAGUGAGACCAUUUGGUCUUUCAACUUUAAUUGUUGGUUUUGAUCCCUACACUGGUAUCCCAUCUCUUUAUCAGACCGAUCCAUCAGGGGCAUUUUCAGCUUGGAAAGCUAAUGCUACUGGGAGAAACUCGAAUUCUAUGCGAGAGUUUCUUGAGAAGAACUAUAAAGAAACUUCUGGACAAGAAACUGUGAAGCUAGCUAUUCGUGCUUUACUUGAAGUUGUUGAGAGUGGGGGGAAGAACAUAGAAAUCGCUGUAAUGACAAAAGACCAUGGCCUGAGGCAGCUUGAAGAAGCAGAGAUUGAUGCUAUUGUUGCAGAGAUAGAAGCAGAGAAAGCAGCGGCAGAGGCUGCAAAGAAGGCUCCACCAAAGGAAAUCUAGAUAUACUGUAGUUCUCAUGUAUUAUCUUGUACUGAGUGACUAGUUUAUUUUGCUGUCUCAUCAGAUUGUUAUGUUUACAUUAAUUUCUUUUCGAAAGGAACAUCUUUCAGGAUUUCACCCA